GCUAUCUUCAAUAAUUCAGGUCUGCUAUAUAAAUGAGACCCUGACUGGACAGCUACUCAUCCCAUGGGAGAAGUGUACGAAGGGGAAUCACCUGCGGAGUCUUCUAGGGCUCCUAAGGUCAAUCAAUUAGAUGCGGAUGAGCUAGACGAUGCUCUCGUAUCCAUGCUUGGCGAGAAGGUCUUGAGGUCGAUCGACAACUUCAAGCCAAAAGUAUCAUGGGAUUUCAAGCCCGAGAUAGAGCUUGUCAUAAAGCUAGUCAUUUUUCGAUUAGGCAUUUGUGAUUCAUUGUCUCGCAGUUCGCCGGGGGCCAAACUCCAAAACUUGAAGCUCAUCCACCAUCCUCAACUAGGGAUAAAAACAAUACGAUCCGCCCUUUUGCUGUAUUUACUGCUUCACCCCCCAAUAUUCCCCUCUUACCUCCUCAAAAGGAUAAGACAGCACGCGCUAUCUAAACAAUGGCCGGACCUCCCAAAUUACGACUGGCGUAAGAAAGCAUGGAAAGCACUUGGUAGGAUUGAACUAGCUUCCAAAAUCUGGGAGGCAUCUGGUUGGGCAGGUUUUCUAUGGGAUGGGAAGUACCCUUCCCUUUUAAUGAGGAUCCUGGGACUGCGGCUGGUCCCAUCUCAACCACAUCUCACCAAACUCGUUUCGUACGAGUUCAUGAACCGCCAGCUGGUCUGGAGCGCAUUCACUGAAUUUCUUAUGUUCGUCAUACCACUUUUACCAACAGUUCCGCCGUUCCUACGCCUUUCUCCGUCUAGAUUUUUCAAGCCCAUCAGCACCUUUCUUUCGCAGCCCACCGAUAUCGACUAUAGUUCAUUGCCCCCAAUUCCUUUGGACCGCAGAGGUUUGAAUUGUGGAGAUAAUGAGCCAAGGAAACACGGCGGUCCACUGGCCCAUCUUCCCAAAACUACUUGCCCAAUAUGCUACAUAAGACACUCUGCUGCCCCUGUCCCCCUGUCAUCCACUUCUCAAGGCUCCUCAUUGACACUACCUCCCAUACCUGGGUCUUCGGAGGCUGCAUUCGGUCAUGAAGCUUCCGAGACGGACGGUGAGGAAGAGUGUGGGAUUUUCAUGCCUGCUAGAACGGAUUGCGAUGGAGGAUGUUUGUGGUGUUAUUAUUGUAUAGGAGAGGAGCUGUACAGGCAUCGCAAGACGAAUCUUCAAAAGAUCUAUCGCAGUAAACAAAUGCGGAAUGGCCGACAGGAACUGGAGAAGACCGAUGAAGAAGUAAAAUGGAAUUGUUUGAGGUGUGGAGAUGGUGUAACCAAAGCUUGGAGAGCCGAUUCUCAGGAUGAAGCUCAAUUGUUGUACGGAUGAGGAGGGCAACGUUCAGCUGUCAUAAUUACCCCUGCAAUACAAUAUAGUUAGACUUGUGUACAUGCUGUUGUCUGAAGCUCAAACAGAUACAGAUCAUCAAUAUCUAAACAGUAGUAAUAACGACAGGAUUUCAGCGGACAACUUAAUAGGCCUAUUCUGCAGUAUGGCAUUUUAUGUCAAAUCCGAAAGAUACGUAGCACCAUGGCCAUUAACGUAGAUAUGGGAU